CAGAAGCCAGGAGUACUUGAGAAGAUCAGAAGCCUGCAUGAGUGAGCUUAGCUUUCCAAAACACUUUCUUAAAGAGCUACUCAAAAGACCACUGACCACGGCAACAGAGACCGCCAUGGUGGAGCAAGAGAUGCUGCUGUCCUGUGCUUAUCCUCAAGAAAAGUGUUAUUCAGCAAUAGUUAUGAACUCCCGUUUACGAGCCUUAGGUGGGAGGAUAAAUAACAUACGAGCAUCAGAACUACCGAAAGAGAAAACGCGAUCAGAGAUAAUCUGUAAUGUCCACUUUUUGGAUGGCUCAGUACAAAGCUUCAAAGUCAAUAAACAAGACACUGGACAGAUUUUGUUGGAUAUGACCUAUAACCAGUUGGGUGUGAUAGAGAAGGAAUAUUUUGGUUUACAGCAAAAUGAAACAUCGGUUGAUUCACCUUUUUUCAUUUCACAGCGAUGGCUUGAACCAAACAAACCUAUUAGAAAACAGUUAAAAGGAGGUUUUCCCUGCACCCUUCGUUUUCGUGUAAGGUUUUUUAUACCUGAUCCUAACACACUUCAGCAAGAACAGACCAGGCACUUAUUCUUCCUGCAAUUGAAGACUGAUAUUGUGGAAGGAAGGUUGUCGUGCCCCAUUAGUUCUGCUGUUGUGCUGGCAUCUUAUGCAGUACAAUCACAACUUGGAGACUAUAAUCCUUCAAUACAUCGUUCAGGAUACCUGUCAAAUUACAACUUUAUACCAGAGCAGAACAAAGAUUUUCUUGCCAAAGUAGAAUCGCUACAUGAGCAACACAGUGGCCUCAAGCAAUCUGAAGCAGAGUCCUGCUAUAUAAAUAUAGCACGAACACUCGAAUUCUAUGGAGUGGAAUUGCACAGUGGUAGAGAUCUCCAUAAUCUAGAUCUCAUGAUUGGAAUUGCAUCCGGUGGAAUUGCUGUAUAUAGAAAACUUAUCUGCACAAGCUUCUAUCCCUGGGUGAACAUACUAAAAAUUUCCUUUAAAAGGAAAAAGUUUUUUAUACAACAACGGCAAAAACAUAAUGAAUCCAGAGAGCAUAUUGUUGCCUUCAACAUGUUAAAUUACAGAGCAUGCAAAAAUCUAUGGAAAUCUUGUGUAGAGCAUCACACGUUUUUUCAGGCAAAAAAGUCACUACCUCAUGAAAGAAAGAUAUUGUCACAUUAUUGGACCCUAGGUUCUAGAAAUCCAGCAAAGUCUGUAAACAGCCAGUACUGCAGGAAAGUCAUAGGUGGAAUGGUUUGGAACCCAUCUAUGAGACGAUCUUUAUCUGUUGAGCAUCUAGAGACCAAAAGCCUUCCUUCUCGAUCACCUCCUGUUACCCCUAAUUGGCGGAGUCCUAGACUACGUCAUGAAAUUCGUAAAGCACGACACUCGUCUGUAGAUAACCUUACGAACGAGAUUAGUUAUAUUACUGAAACAGAGGAUGUUUUUUAUACAUAUAAGGGCUCUCCAACAUCAAAGGACAGUGAUUCAGAGUUCUCUCAGAACCGUAGUCCACAGAGGAGGUCAUCUGAACAAGAAUCACCAAAGAAUGUAUUGGGAAACAGUCCAACGCGGAGUUCUCUGACCCACGUCUCACCUAAAAGCUUGUCUCAGUCUCCCAAUGGAGUUGGAAACAUUUCUGGUCCUUACCCCUUGGAAGGGGUGGAUGAACAGUUCUUGGAAACAUAUAACAACGUUAUAAAAAGUGGCUCAAUGGAGGAUUCCAGUCAGUACUACUGUGAUAAGAAUGACCUAAUUGAGGGAGAUUUACUUUUGGUGCGUAUCAUACCAGAUGAAGAUGGGAAGUUUGGCUUUAAUCUAAAGGGUGGUGUAGAUCAAAAAAUGCCAUUAGUGGUAUCAAGAAUAACUCCAGGAUCACCUGCUGAUAAAUGCAUUCCAAAACUGAAUGAAGGUGAUCAGAUAGUAUUAAUUAAUGGCCGAGAUAUCUCAGAGCACACGCAUGACCAGGUGGUCAUGUUCAUAAAAGCCAGCAGAGAAUCUCACACGAGAGAGCUUGCACUUUUGGUCAGGAGGAAAGUAGUUAAACAGUUUGUGGAGCCUAAAUCAGAAGAUGAAGCUGAUUCCCACAAUCUCCCAGAGUCUCUUCUUCCUCUGUGUUCGGAAUAUGCUGGUGAUACACUGGAGGAGUCUAUGGAACAGCUAAGGAGAGGACUGGAAAGUGGGACUGUACUUAUUCAGUUUGAGCAACUUUAUAGAAAGAAACCAGGAUUGGCUGUUACAUGUGCAAAGGUACCUCAGAAUAUGGACAAGAACAGAUACAAAGAUGUUCUACCUUAUGAUGCCACAAGGAUAAUACUGCAAGGAGAUGAAGAUUACAUUAAUGCAAAUUACGUGAACAUGGAAAUUCCUUCUGCAGGCAUUGUGAACAGGUACAUCGCUACUCAGGGGCCUCUUCCACAUACAUGUGCACACUUCUGGCAAGUAGUCUGGGAUCACAAGUUGUCUCUGAUCAUCAUGUUAACAACUCUCACUGAGCGAGGACGGACCAAAUGUCAUCAGUAUUGGCCUGAUCCACCAGAUGUAAUGGAAUAUGGUAACUUUCGUGUCAGAUGCCAGUCUGAAGAUUGUACAAUUGCUUAUGUUGUUAGAGAAAUGGUGAUUACAAAUGUUGAGACAGAACAGCAACACACAGUCACCCACCUCCAGUACGUUGCUUGGCCUGAUCAUGGUGUUCCUGAUGACUCCAUGGACUUUUUGGAGUUUGUGACCUGUAUGAGGCCAAAGAGAGUAGAGAAUGAGCCAGUUCUUGUUCACUGCAGCGCUGGAAUCGGUCGCACUGGUGUAUUGGUCACUAUGGAAACAGCCAUGUGCUUAAUUGAAAGAAACCAACCUGUUUAUCCGCUGGAUAUUGUACGAAAAAUGAGAGACCAGCGAGCUAUGAUGGUGCAAACAUCAAUUCAGUACAAAUUUGUUUGUGAAGCUAUUCUUCGUGUUUACAAAGAAGGAAUGGUUCGACCACUGGAUUCCAGUUAGCACAGCAGUGAAAGAUGAAUUUUUUUCCCAAAAAAAAGACUGGUCUUUAAAUAAAGCAGGGGCUUGUUUUAGAAAGCAACUGGAAUGGACUAGAAGCCCAUGAAAAGGCAGAUGAGCACAUUUGAACUGUGGCACUUUAAAUUUCUCAAGAAGAUUCCUAAAUCAUGUACAGUAUAACAAAGUCAUGUAGAUAAAUAUAUGAAAGCAAUUGUGUGUAAUAUGCUUUAUUCACAUAGGCAACCAUAAACAAUCAUGGAAACCUUAAUACAUAUCUUUUACUGCCUUAAAACAUCCUUCACUUCAAAAGUUAAAGGUUCUUCUGCUUCCUCUGAAAUAGCAAAAAGACUAAUAUUAUUGAGGUGAUACAGCUUAAGAAGGCAUUUAAUAUGUUUGUAUAAAAGUUCGUUGAAGGUAAAUAUUUGUAACUUUCUCAUUGGGGCGCUAAAUAUUCAUGGAAAUGUAACCUGGACUCCUAAAGGACUGACAAAGAGAUUUAAAGACUAAUGCAUAACUACUGUAUAUUAAGAGCUAGAGAAAUUAAGUAUUCAGUUACCAUUCGUCUAUUAGUAAGUAUGCCAGCUGUUAUAAUAUGCUGCUUAGAAAUCACAUCUACGUGUAUGAUGUGCAAACUAAUGCUGCAUUUAAGCAUUUAUGCAGAUGGUACAGUAUAUGUCUUCUGUUGAUCAAUUUUGAUUGCAACUUGCCCUUUUAACAGUGACCUACUUCUUACCGUUCCAGUACUCCUGUUUCUGCUGUCCAUCUGCUUUAUACUUGGUUUUCACUGCUGUUUCUAUAUGUGGACUGAAAGCAUUUUAACUUAAAAUGAGGUUUAAUUCUUUUUUCACUUUUGUUUCCAUGUGUAUUUAUGAGUUCUCAGAUGUAAAUAUGGAUUAAUGUUGCACACAGAUACUAGACUUUUGAAUUACUGUAUAUGCAAAGUAGUCUAAUUCAAUACUGGAAGAAAAAUUACUACUGAACCCAUCAAAUACGUUGCUGCUAAUUCAAGGUGUGAAGCUUACAAGGGCACAGGUAUUGCUAGUGUUCAGGUUGUGAUAAGAUGUUGUCUUGCUGCCCUUCAGCAAAAACUGCUCUUAUCCAGCAAAACACAACUCCCUUUUGCAAGAGUUCUGCUGAUUUACUGUGUUUCUUGCUUUAUGGAAAUGCAGCUAAAUUCACAUGAAGAUUUACAUGGAAAGAGAAAAUGAAUUUGUGCAUUGAUGAAUAGUUCACUCUAAGGUACACUGGUCUCCAUUUCAUUUCAAAUGGGAGAAUUGGACUUUCUGAACAAUAUAACCACAUUUGUAUCAUGUUAAUUUAUUUUGUGUGUGCUUUUUGAUUACCCUGACAUAAUUCUUCAUUUUUUAAUAGUGUUUAAGAAAAAUAUUCUAGGGGACUGUUUAAAACACUGUUAUUUAAAAGAUUAGUCCUAAAUAAGGAAAAAUUUUUAAGGGGCAUAUUAGCCGUAUGUUUAUAUGUGUUACAAAAGAGAAAAUUAGAUAAUUUUCUUUUUUAGAUAUAUAUACACACCCAUAUUCAGAUAUAUGUUAGAAUUAUGGUUUCUAUUAUGGAUAUUAUCAUUUGUAUCUGGAGUUUCAUUAUAGAAACUGCCACAGCUGUACAAUACGCAUUUUGUGUUACUGGGAGGCUUAAUUUUUUCCCCAGGAGAGAGCUGAAAACUCAGUGUAGGAUGUGCUAAAUUGCUGACCCUUGUCUUUCAGUAGGCUUGGUCCUUUCUUCAAGAUUACAUUAUUAGUUAUCUGUACAGAAGAUACCUGGUUACUAUUUAUUGAUCAAAGGAAUUUUAAUGGAAUGCACAGGGUAUUUGGCAACAUGGAAAGCUUCUCGGCUUUGUUAGGUUGAAGGGUGAAGAGUUUUGUGCUCUUUCUUAUCUAUGCAUUUCAGAUUUCAUUUUCAAUAAAGUUUUUGUAGUAUUUUGGAUCAUUAUCCUCAUCCUUGAUUUGGCACAGAUUGAAAAGCAAGAGACUAACUCUGAUUCACCCUUAACUUGCUAAACUACAUCAGAUCACUCAAUCUGUCCGUAAUUCCAAAUAUAUAAUUAGACUGGACAUGCACAUCUUCAUCAGAAAACAUUUUUGAAAAAUGCAUAUGGGAAAGUAUUGUAUAAUUGCAGGCUGCCUGCUGCUACUAGAGACAACACUGAGCAAUGAGAAAACCUAGUGGCUCUUUCCCAUAUGAUAAAUAGUGGACACUAAAGAAUCUGUGCCUGCUGGGUGAGUAGGUAACAAAAGCCUCCUUUUUGUUAUGCAUGUGCUUUUAUGUUAAACCAUAUCUUUUUUCUUUUUUUUUUUUUUUAUUUUUCAGGUUUUUUUUUUUUUUUUUCUUUUUCAGGUUUUUUUUUUUUUUAAAUUAAGUUUGGAUGUGCCCAGAUGUCAACGUCAUCCUUUGCAGUUGACGUGGCUUCCAAUUCAUUUGGUCAAAAAUAGAAAAGGCAAGGAGGAAAAAAAUCAAGAAAAUAAAUAGUAAAAAAAUAUUUGGAACAUCUCUUUGUGACAUCUGUUUCUUUCACAGAACUACGUGAUUGAACGUAUGGUUUACUCGUGUUCAAGGUUAUUGCCAUAUUCCUAUCGCUAUUUAUGUUUCUUCAUCAUGAAUAUAUAUUUACCAAAAUGCUGUAUAUUUAUUCCGUAUAUAACUCCAGUCUCUCGAUACAUGGUAUAAUUUUGAUUUACAUUAGUGUACGUGUGUGUUUAAAUGAUGAUGGUCACAUUGUGACAACAAAUGCUGCUCUUAUUCUGGUGGUUUUGGUAAUACUUUUUGUGAGCUCUUACUUGGAUUUUAUUAACUUGUUCAAAAUUGUUGGCAAAUGAGACAACACUCAAAGCUAUAAAACCAGUAAUCUCUGUAAUAUUUGAUUAUUUUUUUAAACUAUAGAGCAAAUAUUAACUACUCAAGUACCUUGUGUCCAUCUUUAUUUCACUUUUGCUGGGUUUUGCACAUGUACCUGUAGGGUCCACAGUGGAGAAUGAAGGGAGUUUUGUCUUCUCCCUGUAGUGUGUGAUGACUUUGCACUGAAUUAUGUAUGCCUUAGAUCUGAUCUUGCAAUGAAAGCAUAAUUAUGAAAACAUCUUCUCAAUACUGGCUUUUGUUUCCACAAUAAUUAGGAACUUAAAAAGGCACAGAGUUGAUUGAUUUAAUUUUUUUUUUUUGGUAGGAGAUAAAACUCCUAACAAAAAAUUUUAAAUUCUCAAGCAAUUGACAAAUAGCAGAAAAUGCUGUGAAGUCAAGAUCCUGUGUAACCUUCAAAAACAUUUUAACCUCAUUUUUGCCUGUGCCGGUGUGAUCACACCAGUAAAUAUUCAAAAUUUCUAGCGUAACAGUGAAUGAAGAGGGUGUAACAAGCCUUUGGGGUUUUCGUCACUGUGAAAUACACUAAUAUUUAUUCUUCAGAAUUAAACAAAUUUUAACAAAGUGGCUUUACAUUUGAUACCAAAAUGACUAAAGUGGCUAUUCAGAGCGUCUUCAGAAAUAUCACAGGGGAACACUUUUGGUACUGAGGUGGGAGGGAAAUAUCUUACCAGGUAUUGAAAAGAAGAAAAAUGGUGCCGUAAACCAUGAAUGCCUUUUGUGUAACAGAAUGCAUGAAAUAUGAAUCAUUAAAAUACAACCUAACCUUGAAUAGUGGUGGUAUUUUGAAAAAAAAAAAAAAAAAGAAAAAAAAAUAUUAUUUUGUAAUCCAGGGGUUGCUUUUCAGUAAUCCUGUCUUUUAGGUGUUGGUACUAAAUUGUAUGCAAUCAAAAUGUACCCAACAAUUCAGCAAUAGCUCUUCAUAUUCACUCAUUUUUUUAACAAUUGGUUCUCUUUUUUCCCCCUCCUUUGUUCCACUAUGCAAUACUUGGUUAAGUAUAUAUAUUCAAAAGAACUAUAGUUCUGAAACAUCUGGUGAACUAUGCAUUCGCUUUAUUACAAGCGUAAUAUGAUGCUGUUCUACAACAAGGUCUUCCGUGUAGAUGGUGUUCUUGUGUGUCAGACUAAAUGCAUAAAUGGUCUGCUGAUUGAAAAUGUUGAAAAUAUACACAUAUCGUUCAUAUUCAAUUAAUUAAAAUUUAAACAUAGCUAUUUCACUGAUAAUGACUUUAUUGUUACAUCUUGAAGUGUAGCAUCCAAGUGCAAGUUUAUUUUAUUCAUUCAUAUAAGGCCUUUCCAGAGGGAACAUGUGCUGCGAGGUGUUUGUAUUUCAGUUGGUAACCUGCAAUUAGUCUGCUUGGUUAAAAGCAUUUAUUAAUUGAAACUACAUUGAGGGUAAAGUUGUGUCAUGAAGUACUUUGUUCAGAGGCAGUUGAAAGCCAAGGGAGUGAUUAAUUCAUUAUAUAAAACACAAUGUUUUGAUUAAAUGUAUUCUCUUGCAUUUAAGUUUUGACACUGAUAGUGUUAAGCCAUUUCAGAUGACUGUUUUAAUAAGCAUUAUAUUAACAGUUUAAAUACAGCAAUCUGAUGCAAUAUGAUUUAGUUUUAGUGUACUUUAACAUAUUUAAUGUUCCAAUUGUUCAGUAGCAGUACACGCUUCAAACAAUAGUUCCCACAAUCACUGAAACUUGUCUUCUUUCAAAUGUUUCUCCAAGUGCAAAGGAAGGAAUAGCACACAAUUUUGAUAGAUUUAAUCACUUUUCAUCUCAGACUAACCCUUUGGCAGUAGUGGUCUGAUUUGACCACUGAUAAAAAAAGUUAUUAUUGAGGACCAAGAAUAUCUGGGAAAAGCAAAUUGUGUGGGCUGUUGACACUGUUUGUUUAGUUUUGAUUGUAGUUAAGAGACCGGUAACUAUGUCUUGGUGUUUUUCUUUCUUUUUUUUAAAGACAAAUUCAUCUUAAGAGGUGACUUUGGAAAUGGGGAGUAGAAUGUGCAUUUAUUGACUCUCCUGAUUUUGUUGCUGCCUCCUUGGGUAAAAGACUUGUAUAACAGUCUUGUAUCGUGUGUUAUUCUCAGCUGAGCUGCAGGUUUUGAAUUUUUAACGAAAUUAUUUAAAAUAUUAAAGCAUUGAUUUUAAUAGAUGUUAAUGAAACACUUCAGUUUACUGUUAGUUGCUUUGCUUCCCCUUUCUUGGCUUUCAUGAUGUUGUUUCUUGAGUUGUUGUUGUUUUACCUUAUAUAAACUGUUUGAGGUUUCCGACACCUGUAAAACAGGCUUUGUCAUAGGCAGAUUAAGCGAUGUUGCUGUUGCUUCAGAUCUGAUGAUACUUAAACCUGCUGAAGGUGCAAUGUGGUGUUCAGAGAGGACUGAACUGAGCUACUCUCUGAGGAAUUGAAACAGUGCUGCUAACAGUGGUAAAAUAAAGAUAUUGAAAAAGCACAUAGAAAAUGUUUUGUUUAGGGCAGGAAAGACCUGUUUAUUAUUUAAAAAAAAAAAAAGUUUUGUGAGGAUGAAAAUGGUUAACAGAUGAGGUAGGGAUGGGAAAUGCAAGGUUGGUGGUUUUUUUCCCUUUGAAGAACAUUUUUUCUGUGUUUCAAGUGCAUUGUUUCUAUUUGAGCAGUUUCUUUAGUAAAGAGCCCUACUGUUGAUGGGAUUUAAUUUUUGUCAAACUGACACAGAAAAUAGUUUGAAGUUGAAUUUUUUCCUCAUUUAUUGCUGGUAUCUCUGUAAAACAAGCAAAUUGUUAGGAGGAUCUUCUUUGCUAUGGCUGCAUCUUAUAUAGCCAUAAACCAAACUAGUUCUCAACUAGUAAGCAGAAUGGACACUAAAGCACAGAAUAGUAAACAUCAUUACCCACCUGAUCAAUUUUUCAACUUCUUCAAAGAGUCAGUUGCAAUCCUGGUUCGGAAAUCCCUGCUGCAGGAUGGAAGGAGAAAGGUCUUCAUUCCUUAGGGAAGAGACUGAAAGCCUGCCGAGUAGAACAGCAGUCUGUAUUGACCUUAGUGGGGUUGUACUUGUAUUAUCUAACCUGAGCAGUUUAGUUUAAGGUCAAAUCAGGUGAGUAUGAGUUGUAAGUAUGAGUUUGCAAGAGCUCUGAAGUCCUAUGUUCAUUCCAGGAAAAAGACCUCCGACUAGCACUCUUAACUUCCUUGGGUUUCUGUUUGUUUCAUUUAAGCAGCAGGUUAGCGUGGUAGCUGUUGCGUUACUGUUGAUCAAUGCCCUUCUAAUUCAGAGCUUAGCAUAGACAAAUAAAAAAUUUGGUAUAGCUGUUGCUUUCCUAGUUUUUAAUAAAAAUUAAAUAACUGUAGAAAUUAGGUGAGGAAUUAGUAUAUACAGUCAAAUGUAAAUAUAUUUCAAAACCAGAUUUUGCAACAUAAAUGAUGAGUAUCAAUGCUUAUAUUCCAGCGACCUGUGCAGUAAGUACUAAACAUAAUUUAUUUAGAUUUUCACACUUUGUUGUGUAACCAUAAUAGAGAAAUACAAGGUAACUAAUGGGGACAGUCUUACCUUUGAAAAUAUGCCUGGCACUCAUAAUAACAAACGAUGUAUUGGUUAAAACUGACCUUCAUUGCAACUGAUACAGAAAUAUGCUUAAUAGUACUGGAAUAAAAUACAUAACAGUUGGGAAAGCCAAAGUUGGGAAUUUUUCGCAAGUUUUCCAAAAGAUUCCACUAUUCUAGUCAUUAAGUUUCUAUUUUCAUAUGCAUUCAGUUAGUGUUUUUGUCAGAGAUGUAGAAAACAACUUGGAAGAUAAUGUCCAUACAGUCACUGGCUAUUUCUUUCUUUAAAUGAUUGUUUAUCAUUCUAGUUUCUUCUUCUGAGAUCUUAGGUGCCAGUGCAUUAAAGGAAUGAAAGAAUGUAUUUGAUUUAUUUGGAAGGUAAGGACAAAGUUUAUUUUGUAUCCUAAGCUGUGCUUUACUUUUAAAUCACUUGAAAUGUAAGUUGAUGUUGAUGUUACAAAGCUUAAUUUAUUGUUUAAAAAUGUAGACACUACUUGGAAUGAAUGUAUCGUUUU